ACUACUUAUUCUUUAAUGGACAAAAAAUAAAUGUACCUUAAAUAUGUGAGUUGCUGCAUCUUGAGCUUAACAUUGAAUUUCAAUUACAGUAAGUAAACUGGUUUACAGUAAAUCCCAACACAUAAAUCGAAAGCAUGGCCAGAAAUUCCCUCAGGGCAGUGCCCAGGUGAGGAAUGCAAACAAACAACAGAAAACAAAUAUAAAACAGGCAGGAAUCACACGCUCUGGCUGCAGAUCAUCUCAGGUGUCCUAAAGACAAACAUCGUGUCUCACCUUUUUCAUCUGGUUAACAGGUGAUUUUUCCCUAAAAUGGAUGAGUCUGGCACAGAUCUCAGAGUCCAGACACUGGCUCAGAGAAUCACAGCUUUCUCCACUGCUCACAGUUUGUUUCUUCCAAACAAUAAUGCAGAGCUUCUCCUCAACAAGCUGAAAGGACUGGUUACAAAUAUCAAAUGGAGCCCAGAGGAAGCUGCUGACUUGUUCAAUGCUCUUCUGAAGAGAUUUGAGUCAACAACAAAUGACAGAUCACAUCUGCUCUCAUGGAUGAUGACAAUAUUGCACAGUAUAGAGAUUAAUUAUAUCACUCCCAGUUGGAGAUGUCAAAAAGGAAAGACACUGAUCGAGUUGGUUCAAGACAAACAUGUAACAGAUGAAGAGCUAAAGAAUCGUUUAACCAGUAACACAGCGAAGACACUGGAAGAAAUUCUUGAGGAAAUCCGCCAACAAAAGUUAAACCAAAUUGAUGAUAAGCUUUUAGAUGAGGUGAAAGAUAUCGUAUCAUCAGUUUGUAACCACCUUAAAUCAAAGAAUGAUGAAUCACAACUAACUGGCUUGAAGAGAGACUUGCUGAAGCUUUGUCAGGCAGCAGAAAAAACUCACUUCAGACCACGACUGACACAGAUGGUGAGCUGGUGUCUUAUGGCUCUUUCCAAGACAGGGCGGUUAAUUCAGGUUGGAACUGGAGAGGGAAAGUCGUGUAUUGUGGCAAUGUUUGCAGCAUUUCGAGCUAUGAGAGGAGAACAAGUAGACAUCAUGUCCAGUUCCCCAGUUCUUGCAGAAAGAGAUAUGAAAGAGUGGAAAGGCUUUUAUAAGGUUCUGAACAUCAGUGUAGACUGCAACAACAACAAACAAGAGCGAGACUUAAAAAAGUGCUACCAGUGUCAAGUUGUUUAUGGUACAGUGGAAGAGUUUGCUGGAGACUGGCUCAAGCAACACUUCCACAGGAUGGACAUAUUUGGACAAAGGAAAUUCCAGUGUGCAAUUGUGGAUGAAGUGGACUCGUUGAUGCUGGAUAAAGGUCUCCAUGUGGUUUAUAUAAGUAGUGAUAUGCCUGCUUUACAACAUCUUAGCCCACUCUUGGCAUGCAUAUGGGCCACUGCUAACCAGUACAGUGAGAUCGGUACAGAGACAACUGUGGGGCCAAAAUACCCCUUCCAUCAAGUCAUACUUGAAAACAUAACAAAGGGCAGAGAUAUCGAUGAGUUCACCAUCCUUCAAAUGGCUGAGGACACAGGUACACUGGCAAAAGGUUCAGUCAGAGACCUUAGAAGGGACAAGGGCCUUUUAAUAGAGAAAACUGCAAGUAUUACUGUUAACCACCUGGCAGGGUUCUUCAAGACAAUCGAGAGGAAAUUCCCAUCUUGUCAGUUUGCUCUGCAUUGCAUAAACAAAGAUGGAGCAAUAGAGAAACUGAACAAAGAGCUGCAAAGUGAAAACGGGAAAGUACCACUGCUUUUAACCAACGGAGGCUUCUGUCAGUACAUGUACUCUGAUGAAGACAGUGUGCACAGAGCUGCAGAACAAGAAAUUAAACGCGCUCUGCAUUUCACACCGUGUGAUCUGAGCAAAGACCAAAGUAGCUGCUACAUCCCAGGCUUCCUCUCAGAUCUGGUCAAAACUAAACUGAAGGUGUGGAUUGAAAAUGCAUUUUAUGCAAAAACCAUGACUGAGGAUCAUGAAUAUAUCAUUGAGAAACAUGGAAUAGUCCCUGUAGACUACACCUGCACAGGUGUUGUUGAAAACCUCAUGAAAUGGACAGAUGGACUACAGCAGUUCCUUGAAAUGAAACAUGAGUCCAAGCUGAGCAGCAUGACAGCCAUCACAAACUACAUGUCCAAUGUCGGCUUGCUUCUGAAGUAUGGAGAUCAGAUCUAUGGAAUCUCGGGGACUCUUGGCCAACAAGCAGAGACUGAGACUUUACAGAAAAUCUAUGAUGGUAUCCAGACCUGUCAGAUACCGACAUUCAAACCCAGAAAGCUGUUUGAGGUUGAAGGAGUAAUUGUAGAUGAUGAAAAAGAAUGGAUUGAAAAAAUCUGCAAUGUUGUCACAGCACAAACUAACCCUACUCUGUACAGAGAGGCAAGAGCUGUGCUGAUCAUCUGUGAGACCAUCAAACGAGCAAAGGUUCUCUACGAUACUCUCAAGGUCUGCAAUAAAACACUUUACAUAAACAACAACAUGGACAAUACUGCAAUCUUUACCAAGAAGCUUAAAGCAGGAGAGGUCAUCAUAGCAACAAACCUUGCAGGUCGUGGAACAGACCUUAAGGUUUCUGAUGAAGUAAACAGAGCCGGAGGUUUGUUCGUUGUGCAGACCUUCCUGCCAAGGAACGCUCGCGUGGAGGCACAGGCAUUUGGUCGUACUGCAAGACAAGGAUCUCCUGGGUCAGCUCAGCUCAUUGUCUGCUCCAGCCAUCUCUCAGGACUACUUCAAAAGAUGGUUUUGACAAAGAAACAUCAAUUUUUAUUUGAAAAAUUAACAGAUGCCACUCCAGCAUAUCAAGAUCUUUUUGUGAUGCAAUUGAGGUUGUAUCAAGAAAACCACAGCACUGUCACAUCUCAAGAUAUGUCUCAGACACUGUCACGUAUUUUGACUAAAAACUCAGUCAGGAAGUCAAGAAUUACGACAGCUAAAGAAGUCAGAGACAACUCAGUGGCUCAAAGACUAGCUAGCUUCUUGGAGUGUGACAUCCCAAAGAUAAAGAAGAAGGAAGAGCUCUUCCGUCAGUAUCUGAACACACUAGAUGAAGUGUACAAAAGCAGUAACAAGCCAGCAGACUCAGAUUUGUCUGCACUGAAUGAAUUCUGGGGUAUGUGGCUUCUCACAAAGUUCAGUGAGAAAGAUUCUAUCACAGAGCUGAAAUACAGACUGAGCAGUGACCUGAACGGCGCCAGGCAAAAACUUAGACACAGAGAAUCACCCUUAUCAAACCUGCACGACUACACAGUGUUUGGCAAUGAGCUACGUGAAAAGGGACAUCUUGUAGAGAGCAUCAAGAUGUACACGAAAGCCAUACAGAAGGACCACUGCUGGGCAGCAAUUGCAUAUUAUAACCGUGCCUUUGCAUCUUUAACCCACCAAGAUAGACAUCAAGAUCCAAACUGCAUCAAUCAAGCUCUGGAAGAUUUACAAAAUGCCCUCAAGUCUGUUGAGCUCUACUGUGAACAAACUGAGGUCACUCUUAGAUACUCCGCACAUCAAAUCAACGACUCCUGCACUGAUUCAUUCACCAGAUUUGACAAACACAUCAUAGCCAGAUACAGACUGUUGCUGUUUUUCAAGGCAAAUAUUAAUGAGGCCAUAAAGAAGAUAGAUCGGGCCAGAGACACAGGUGGGAAUGUAAAAGUGGAGAAGAAGCCUGUCUCCCUCCUGGUUCCACUAUUAGAUUUUUUGCCCUUGGCUGAAUUAGUGGCUCUAAUUCGUUCCAGAGACCCUCUGAAGAUCCACGAGCUCAUCAGUCAUCCCUCCUUUGAUAUACCCAAUGAACUCAGGUGUCUUGAAUCUAUGGGCCUGACUCAUGUCUAUACCUUAGACACACCGUUCUCUCUGGGUGGGUUUUUCUCAAAGCUACACAGGACCAUGCAUCAAGCUUUUAACUAGAUGGCAGAUACUCAUGAUGUGAACAAAACAUUUAAGCAGGCAAGCAAACAAUGGUGUUAUGAAGGAAAUUCUGUAAGCCAUAAACUUUCAGAUACUAACAAACACAGCUGCUGAGGGUUUUUAAGUUCUUCUUUUUGGUUUUCAAGUUUAUUCAUUCCUACAA